AUAAAUAGAGCACAAGCUUCCACCCACACAGCUCAUCUAGCUACUUGUCUCCUCCCAAUCCUUGCAAAACCACGAAACCUCAGCAGCUAGCUCCAGGGAACAGAGCAGCUAUGGCCUCCAAGUCCCAGCUCCUGUCCUUCGUCGCCAUUGCGGUUCUCGCCUUGCCCCUCCAUCCUUGCGCUUCCGUCGAGUUUCACCGCAAGCUCUCCAGCUGGUCCAACGGCGGCGCGACGUGGUACGGCGCCGCUAAUGGGGCCGGAAGCGAUGGUGGUGCAUGCGGCUACCAGGGUGCCGUCGACCAAGUGCCGUUCUCGUCCAUGAUCGCCGCCGGCAGCCCUUCCAUCUAUAACUCCGGCAAAGGCUGCGGCUCUUGCUUCCAGGUGAAAUGCACGGGUAACGACGCUUGCUCCGGCAACCCCGUGACCGUCGUCAUCACCGACGAAUGCCCCGGUGGUCCCUGCCUGAACGAGCCGGUCCACUUCGACCUGAGCGGGACGGCGUUCGGCGCCAUGGCGAAGCCCGGCCAGGCCGAUCAGCUGCGCGGCGCUGGUGUCCUCCAAAUCCAGUACACCCGCGUGCAGUGCAACUGGCCCGGAGUACAGUUAACCUUCGUCGUGGACGCCGGCUCGAACCCGAACUACUUCGCCGUGCUCGUUAAGUACGAGAACGGCGACGGCGACCUCUCUACCGUCGAGCUCAUGCAGACCGGGACCGUCGCGGCGUGGACGUCGAUGCAGCAGUCGUGGGGCGCCGUCUGGAAGCUCAACUCUGGAUCGGCCUUGCAGGCGCCCUUCUCCAUCCGCCUGACGUCCAGCUCCGGCAAGCAGCUCGUCGCCAGCAACGUCAUCCCUGCCGGCUGGAAGCCCGGCGCCGCCUACCAGUCGGUCGUCAACUACUAAUCAUAUAGCCAUAAUCUGCGCAUGCAGUAUAAGCAAAGUAUAUCCAUGUGUGUGUACGUAAUAGCUAUGUGUGCGAGUUUGGACCUCGCGACAGUGGUUGCGCGAUUGAGGAUGUGCAACUGUACUACGUGUGUUAGGUAUAAGUACCACGUACAAAGAAAUAACGGCAAGGGGCAGAGGAGGAGGAGGUGCCACAGAUGUACGAGUAUAGUUUCUCCCCUCUUCGCCGUCAGUCAAUGCCUGUUAAUUGAGACGUGUUAAGUGUG